UCUCUCUCUUCUUCCUCCCCUCUGGCUUUAAACCUUUGAGUCCAGGACAGAUUUUUUUGUAAACCUUUUUUUUAGUUUGGCCUUUUUCGAGAAGGCCGCUGGGAAGCUCAGCACAUUUCUCCUCUUUUUUUAAUUUAAAUUUUUCAUCAUCAGCCUGGUUUUCUAUGAGGCUCUAGCAACAGCAUUUUUUUUUUUUUUUUAUUAAAUCAGGGAAAGAAAAUGCCACGUUCCUUUUUGGUGAAGCAGCCGAAGGUUCACGAUUUCUCGUCUUCCAACUACUACCAUCAGCAGCAGCAGCACUGGGACGACUCACACACUGUCACACAUGCCAUCACAGAGUCGGCCACCAACUUGGCGGUGCGUUUGAGUGAAAAUGGCUACAUCCACGAUUACAUCAUCCCCUCAGUGUUGCAGAGCACAAAGGAGCCAGGUCAUGAGCAGACCGGGCUCUCCUCAUUGCCCCUGUACUCCCCAGGUGGCAGCGGCGGGGAGGAGUUCUCCGACCACGACAUGGAGCAUCCGGACAGUCCCGUCUCCAGCGGCACGGUCGAGUCGGAUGGCAGCGGCCCUGAGCUAGACGUGUGCGGCAUCGGCUCCUUCCUCGUCUCUGACGGCCGCUCCCGCCGGAGGCCCAGCCAGAGGCCCAGCCAGAGGCGUCCCCGCAAGGGAGGCAGCCAGUCGGACAGCAGCGAGGGCGUCGGCUCGGUGGACUGCAGCCCCGCCAAAGGGAAAUCCAAAGGGCGUCACGUGUGCGGCGAGUGCGACAAGUCCUACGCCACGUCCUCCAAUCUGAGCAGACACAAGCAGACUCACCGCAGCCUGGACAGCCAGCAGGCCAGGAAGUGCCCCACCUGCCACAAGGUGUACGUGUCCAUGCCGGCACUGGCCAUGCACAUGCUGACCCACGACCUAAAGCACGAGUGCGCAGUGUGCGGCAAAGCCUUCAGUCGACCCUGGCUCCUGCAGGGCCACAUGAGGUCCCACACUGGGGAGAAACCGUUCGCCUGUGCCCACUGUGGCAAGGCCUUCGCCGACCGCUCCAACCUGCGUGCCCACAUGCAGACGCACUCAGCCUUCAAGCACUACUCCUGCAAGCGCUGCUGCAAGACCUUCGCGCUCAAGUCCUACCUGAACAAGCACUACGAGUCGGCCUGCUUCAAGGGGCACCAACCGGAGGAUGACUGCAGCUCUGAGGACUGAUCGCGACAUAUUCAUCUUUUUCAUUUCUAUUUAUACGCUUUUUAAUAGUUCAUACAAAAGUCGGAGAAAAGCUUCUUCUCAGGCUUUCACAUGCAUGCAUCAUAAUCCUGCCUUUUGAUAUAAGCAAUAACCUCACUUGAAAUUAUUCAGGAAUUAUGUAUGAAAUUCAUAAAAAAUCUCAGUGUUGUUCACAAGUAUAGAAUAUUUUAUAUUGUUUUUUAUUAAUUGAAAUUGCAAUAAUUUCCAUGCCAGUAUUAUUUUAUAUGCCAACAAGCUCUUAAUUUACCUCAAAAAUAUCUAUUGCGUUAAAAAAGUAUUUGUGUAUUUAUUAAUUUAUUUAACUAUUUAUUUGCCAAUUCUGAAGAUUAUUUAUUUAUUAUUGGUUGAUGUAUUUGUGAAUUUAACAUGGAUUUAUGAGAAGCCAUGUAUUGGAUUUGUUGAAAACAAAAGCCAAAAUAUAUUCUGACACUC